UCCCCACCCGCGCCGCUCCGGCUCCUCUCCCGACGCGGGGCUCCGAGCAGCAUGCGCGGCCGCUGCCCGCCGGCCUCAGCCCUGGCCCCGGCCCCGCUGCGGAGCGCGCCCGGCCUCGACCCCGGCCCCAGUGGCAGAGGCGGCGGCGGCGGCGGCUCCAGGCUGGCCCGGGGCACAGAACGAGGCUCGUAGAGCCCGCGUCGCCAGUCCUGAGCGCACCCGCCCCUCCGCCCGCCGGGGCCCCGGCCUCCCGCCUCCCCACUCCCCGGCCCUUGCCCCGGCCCCGGCUCCGGCUUGGCUCCUGCCCGCGUGGGGCAGACAGACGGACGGCUAGCCCCGCGAGGGCGAGCGGACUGCCGGGCGGAGGUGUCGGACAAGGAGGAGGAGACGAAGGAGGGGGCUGGGCAGGGGCUGGGCAGGGGCUGGGGCCCUGGCGGGGGAGACAUGCGAUUGGUGACCGAGCGGAGCGGACGGACAGCGCGCCCGAAAUGCAGAGAACCGGCUCGUGGCUCCAGGAGCGGGUGGGGGCCCGGCCAGCAUGCUUCCUCUGUCUGGCCCAGCACAGGGUUGCAGAUGCAGUUGGGGGGCUGGCCAUGUCAACUCCCUUUACUGGGGUGCAAGAUGGGAGUAUCUCAGAGCUAAGAGGGGCCGCUGAGGUGUGGACCCAGCAGAGGAGUCUUCCUGCAGUGUCCCUGAUCCACGGUCUCUGCUUGCAUACCUCUCAUGACAGCCUGCUCACUCAUUAUCUACCAAGGUGAGCGAGAGGAUGCUGGCGGGGGGCGUGAGGAGCAUGCCCAGCCCCCUCCUGGCCUGCUGGCAGCCCAUCCUCCUGCUGGUGCUGGGCUCGGUGCUGUCAGGCUCAGCCACAGGCUGCCCGCCCCGCUGCGAGUGCUCCGCCCAGGACCGCGCAGUGCUCUGCCACCGCAAGCGCUUUGUGGCGGUGCCUGAGGGCAUCCCCACUGAGACCCGCCUGCUGGACCUGGGCAAGAACCGCAUCAAAACGCUCAACCAGGACGAGUUUGCCAGCUUCCCGCACCUGGAGGAGCUGGAGCUCAAUGAGAACAUCGUGAGCGCCGUGGAGCCUGGUGCCUUCAACAACCUCUUCAACCUCCGGACGCUGGGGCUCCGCAGCAACCGCCUGAAGCUCAUCCCCCUGGGCGUCUUCACCGGCCUCAGUAACCUGACCAAGCUGGACAUCAGCGAGAACAAGAUCGUCAUCCUGCUGGACUACAUGUUCCAGGACCUGUACAACCUCAAGUCACUGGAAGUCGGCGACAACGACCUCGUCUACAUCUCCCACCGAGCCUUCAGCGGCCUCAACAGCCUGGAGCAGCUGACGCUGGAGAAAUGCAACCUGACCUCCAUCCCCACCGAGGCGCUGUCCCACCUGCACGGUCUCAUUGUCCUGCGGCUCCGGCACCUCAACAUCAAUGCCAUCCGGGACUAUUCCUUCAAGAGGUUGUACCGGCUCAAGGUCUUGGAGAUCUCUCACUGGCCCUACUUGGACACCAUGACUCCCAACUGUCUCUACGGCCUCAACCUGACGUCCCUGUCUAUCACGCACUGCAACCUGACUGCUGUGCCCUACCUGGCGGUGCGCCACCUGGUCUAUCUCCGCUUCCUCAACCUCUCCUACAACCCCAUCAACACCAUUGAGGGCUCCAUGUUGCAUGAGCUGCUAAGGCUGCAGGAGAUCCAGCUGGUGGGUGGGCAGCUGGCCGUGGUGGAGCCCUAUGCCUUCCGCGGCCUCAACUACCUGCGCGUGCUCAAUGUCUCCGGCAACCAGCUGACCACACUGGAGGAGUCGGCCUUCCACUCGGUGGGCAACCUGGAGACGCUCAUCCUGGACUCCAACCCACUGGCCUGCGACUGCCGGCUCCUGUGGGUGUUCCGGCGCCGCUGGCGGCUCAACUUCAACCGGCAGCAGCCCACGUGUGCCACGCCCGAGUUCGUCCAGGGCAAGGAGUUCAAGGACUUCCCUGAUGUGCUCCUGCCCAACUACUUCACCUGCCGCCGUGCCCGCAUCCGGGACCGCAAGGCCCAGCAGGUGUUUGUAGAUGAGGGCCACACAGUGCAGUUCGUGUGCCGGGCAGAUGGCGACCCGCCGCCCGCCAUCCUCUGGCUCUCGCCCCGCAAGCACCUGGUCUCGGCCAAGAGCAACGGGCGGCUCACGGUCUUCCCCGAUGGCACGCUGGAGGUGCGCUACGCCCAGGUACAGGACAACGGCACUUACCUGUGCAUCGCGGCCAACGCGGGCGGCAACGAUUCCAUGCCUGCCCACCUGCACGUGCGCAGCUACUCGCCCGACUGGCCCCAUCAGCCCAACAAGACCUUCGCCUUCAUCUCCAACCAGCCGGGCGAGGGAGAGGCCAACAGCACCCGCGCCACCGUGCCUUUCCCCUUCGACAUCAAGACCCUCAUCAUCGCCACCACCAUGGGCUUUAUCUCUUUCUUGGGUGUCGUCCUCUUCUGUCUGGUGCUGCUGUUUCUCUGGAGCCGGGGCAAGGGCAACACCAAGCACAACAUCGAGAUUGAGUAUGUGCCCCGCAAGUCGGACGCAGGCAUCAGCUCCGCCGACGCACCUCGCAAGUUCAAUAUGAAGAUGAUAUGAGGCCGGGGCGGGGGGCGGGGACCCUGGGGCGUGCCGGGCAGGGGAAGGGACCUGGCCGCCAUCCGCUCGCUCUCCAGUCCUUCCCACCUCCUCCCAGCCCCUCCACACACACUCUUUUUCUCCCUCCCACGCCGUCCCCUGCUGCCCCCGCUGGCCCUCACCGCCUGCCCUCUUUCUACCAGGACCUCAGAAGUCCAGGUCUGGGGACCCCACCUGCACAGGGGCACACGUUGACAGACUGGAGUCGGAAGCUGACACGGCACAGUCAAUAAUUCAAUAAAAAGGUUACGAACUUCCUCUGUAACUUGGGUUUCAGUAAUUAUGGAUUUUUAUGAAAACUUGAAAUAAUAAAAAGAGAAAAAAAAAACUAUUUCCUAUAGCUAGUCGGAAUGCAAACUUUUGACGUCCUGAUUGCUCCAGGGCCCUCUUCCAACUCAGUUUCUUGUUUUUCUCUUCCUCCUCUUCCUCCUUUCUCUUCUCUUCCCCUGUGGGGAGGGAUCACUCAGGAAAACAGGGAAGGAGGUUCCAGCCCCACUUGCCUGCCCACCCGGCCAGGGCAGUCGCCAGGAGCAGGUUUGGUGGUGGGUCUGGGCCCAGCUCUGGGCUGGCUGUUUGCAGAGAGCGGGUGGAGGGGACAGGGCUGCCCAAUGGGGAUGAGGGCCUGUCUGCUGAGCUGCCAGGCAGCGCUACUGCCAGGGGACGGGGCCUGGCUUGGGUGUGGCUGAGACUGGACAGGGGCUGGGGUCCUCCUGGAGGACAGCAGUCAGUGGAGAGAGCCAGGGGCCGAGGCCUAACUCUGGUCCCAGCUUUGCUGCUGACUUGCUGUGUGGCCUCGAACAGGUCAUCGAGCCUCUCUGGGCCUCAGUCUCCACAUCUGUAUAAACGGAAACGCUACUCCCCGCCCUGCCUACCUCACAGGGCUGUUGUGAGGAAUUGAUGAGAUGAUGUAUGUGAAACACUUUGUAACCUGUAAAGUGCUGUGCACAUGUG